UAGCAGCCGGGCUGCCGCGUCGUCCCGGCUUUCCCCUCGGCGUUCCCACGCCUCCUCAGCCGGGCUCUCGCCCUCCACGUCAGGGCCCGGACCUUCGAGAUGGCGGCUCAGAAGAUAAAUGAGGGGCUGGAGCACCUCGCCAAAGCAGAGAAAUACCUGAAAACUGGUUUUUUAAAAUGGAAGCCAGAUUAUGACAGUGCCGCUUCUGAAUAUGGAAAAGCAGCUGUUGCUUUUAAAAACGCCAAACAGUUUGAGCAAGCGAAAGAUGCCUGCCUGAGAGAAGCUGUUGCUCAUGAGAAUAACAGGGCUCUUUUUCAUGCUGCCAAAGCUUAUGAGCAAGCUGGCAUGAUGUUGAAGGAGAUGCAGAAACUACCAGAGGCCGUUCAGCUGAUUGAGAAAGCCAGCAUGAUGUAUCUGGAAAACGGCACCCCUGACACGGCAGCCAUGGCCUUGGAACGCGCUGGAAAGCUUAUAGAAAAUGUAGAUCCAGAAAAGGCUGUACAGUUAUAUCAACAGACAGCAAAUGUGUUCGAAAAUGAGGAACGCUUACGACAGGCAGUUGAAUUACUAGGAAAAGCCUCCAGACUGCUGGUCCGAGGACGCAGGUUUGAUGAGGCAGCACUUUCUAUUCAGAAAGAAAAAAAUAUUUAUAAGGAGAUUGAGAAUUACCCAACUUGUUAUAAGAAGACAAUCGCUCAAGUCUUAGUUCACCUGCACAGGAGUGACUACGUGGCCGCAGAGAGGUGCGUCAGAGAGAGCUACAGCAUUCCAGGGUUCAGCGGGAGCGAGGACUGCGCUGCCCUGGAGCAGCUCCUUGAAGGCUAUGACCAGCAAGACCAAGACCAAGUGUCGGAGGUCUGCAACUCGCCCCUUUUCAAGUACAUGGACAAUGAUUAUGCUAAGCUGGGCCUGAGUUUGGUGGUUCCAGGAGGGGGAAUCAAGAAGAAAUCUGCAGCACCACAGGCUAAGUCUGAAGGCGCCACUGCCCCUGCCACCGAGGAAGACGAGGACGAGUACGCCGGAGGCCUGUGCUAGGGUCUUGGCUCCGCGGAAAGGAAGAGGAAAUUUCUGACGUGCCGUUCAUGGACUUGGGCCUUGUCUAAGGGGAUCCAGACUUCACUGCAGUCAUGGUUUUGAAAAUGCUAAUAAAGACUCAUCUUUAGUCAUCAUUUUGCGAAGUCACCCAUUGUACCCACUACCUGAGAACUUUUUUUUUUUUC